CAAAAAUAGUUUGUUUUCUGUGCGGUUGUUGUAUAUUUUAUCGGCAAGAAUCAACAAAUUAUCUAUAAUAACGAAAAACAAGUUGAGUAUAUAAUGGCGACGUGCCUCUCAAAACAGCAACUAGAACAACAAAAGAUGUUGGAACAGCUUAAUGAGAGCGACAAUGACGAUGACGAGGAGUUGGAAGAAGCAGCUCAAGAAGACACUUUUUCAUUUUCCUGUAGCAGCGCUUGUUGGGUUUGUAAUGGUUAUUAUGGACCAAAUUUUGAUGAGCCACUUUGCGGCACUUGUCACGCUUUUCUUUAUAAUACACAAGCCGCCGAGGAAGAGUUGGAGACUACGAUUUCAGAUGACGAGGACUCUGGCAAUGAUGAGCCACCAUUUAAAGACAAACCAGAAGUAGACGAAGAUGAGGACGACGAUGACGAGGAUGAUGUCGACGACGUUGUGGAAGAUGAUGUAGACGACGAAGAAGGUGUCGGUAUGCUAGACGCAGUAGUGCGUAAUGCACCUGUCAACGCAGCACAUGAAAUGCAGGUUGACAAUGUGGCACCGCUAGCAGCAGUUAAUGAACCGCGACGUUCGUUAGAACGCGAAGGUGAACGUGGAAAUAUGGUAUUGUUGCCAAUACAUCGUCCACGUCCGCUGGCGCCACGUUCAUUGCCCGACUUUCUUGAACUAUUAAGUGAAAGACGUGCAAAUGCUGGUGAAAUGGUUGCGCCGGUAGCAGCGCCAAACAAUAUACUAAUGUUGCCUGUUGAAAUUAUGGUAAUAAUAUUCUCCUAUCUGGACGACAUGUCCAUGUGGAAGGCGAGUGAAGUGUGUAAACAAUGGCGCAGCAUUUUAGAGCAGAACACAUCACAAAUGAUGUGGAUGCGUUACUUGAAAGAGCGCUGGCCACUCUUUCAGUGCAUUGUUGAUGUGCCGAAUUGGCUGAAACUAUAUAGUGCAUUAAUGAAUUCGUGCUUCUGUCGUACAUGCUUGCUGCAGAUGGCCCUGAAGUCGCCACCGCGCGCACGCCAAAAUGCGAUACGUAUGAACUUCCUACGCAACGAUGCGCAUCAAUUGAAUAGCCAUGCAACCGAGGGUAUUGAUGCGAUACCGCUCGAUAAACAAAACACAUAUUGGCAAGCAAGUAUUUUGGGUCCGGCUGGCAGUCCUUAUGAAGGUGGCAAGUUCUUUCUGUACAUAUUCUUUCCCGAACGUUAUCCGAUGAUACCACCCACUGUACGCUUUCUAACAAAAAUACUACAUCCUAACGUGUCACGCCAUGGUGAUGUGGGCAUUGAUAUUUUCCAACAUAACUGGUCCCUAGCGCUGAAUGUUUCCAAAAUUCUGUUGUCAGUGCAAAGUUUGCUCACAGAUCCAUAUACAGAGGUAUGCAUGGAACCGGAACUCGGCUACAUGUAUGAACACAAUCGUGCACGUUUUGAGAACUUGGCGCGCUCGUGGACUUGGAAGUAUGCCAUGUUUGAGUUAAUGCCACCCUCUUAAGUGGGCGUACAGUCAAGAUUAUUUAAUUUUACUAAGCAUACCAAGUUAAUGAGUUGCUAGUUAUGCAGCAUUUAUGAAUUGUUUCAUUUUAUUUAUUUUGAGCACAAAGAAUUCCUUCAAUUUAGUUUAUUUAUUUAUUACAACAUGUGCACAUACGCACAUGUAUGCAUAUGUUCUAUCUUUGGUUGUGCCGUAUAUCCAUAACUGCAUACAUGACAAAAAUGGACGCCCCGAAAAUAGUCUACAGUUAUACUGGAGUUUAUAAAUUGAUUUUCUAUGUUAAAAAUCAAUUUUUUUCAGAAUUUCUCAUACUUUUUUGUUGUAUUAAUAUUUAUAACAAAUUACUACUGACUCGAUUAAUUAAAUUAGCAAUAAAUACGCCUAGAACUUUUACCAGCUAACAUAAAGCAAAACCACCACAUAACUUUUGCACACUAUUUUAAUAUUUAGUAAUGCAUUAUAUAACCACCAAAAAAGAUAUAUAUAAGUAUUUAAUAAUGUAACGUAAAU